AUGAAGGCUGACCUAGCCAGCGUUAAUAGCCCUGAGGAAGAGCGGUUUGUUGUAUCGAAAAUCCGCGAGUCACGUGACUAUUCAACCAACGCAAUCUACUGGCUCGGCGGUCAAAUGCAGGGACCAGACGACUGGCACUGGGUGGACAACUCACCAAUGACUUAUACAGCGUGGCUGAAGAAACCAGGCCUAUCUUCGUCGCUAGCAUGCUUGGGUAUGCAAUGGGCGAGUACUCCAACACCUCUACUGCCCAGCGGGUUAUAUUGGCAGGCUCAGGAUUGCAGCUCUAUUGGUGGUUACGUCUGCAAGAAAGAGAAUCAAGUUUCAGGCACCGGCCUCAACCUGAACGGCACCGUGAACGGGACAGAGGGCCGACUGACCUCUCCCCGCUACCCGGCCCCCUACUUCCACAACCUGGACUACUGGGUGAACAUCUCCGCACCCGAGGCACACCGCAUCGUCAUCCAUUUCACUCGACUCGACCUUGAGGCUCAGGCCCACUGCCUCUAUGAUUUCCUGCAGCUUGGCGACGCCAAUCGACGCACGCAGCCGAAGACGCUGUGCGGCCAUUAUGAUCCAGCUCAACUUGAAAGACUGAAUUUUGUAUCGGAGAGCAACGCGGCGAGCCUUCGGUUCCACUCUGACUACUCGAUAUCGGGAGGCGGCUACUCGCUGAUGUGGCACGCCGUGGAUGUGUCAGGGUGUCCGCUGCAGACUCUCACCGCCAAGGAGGGAGUCAUCACCAGCCCCAACUACCCCCAUUUCCUGCUUGCUCAUCUCGACUGUUCCACCACCAUACUGGCUCCUGCUGGCAGGAGAGUAUGGCUGGAGAUAACAGACUUCGACAUGAGUUUGCCGGAUGCUUUGCUAGAGCUCAGCCUGGGUGGUGGUACGGAGCGGAUCCAACCCUUCAUGAGGAAAGACCUGCUAUCAGAUGGCGUUUUUCUGUCGGUUGGAGAACGGCUUCAGAUACGCCUGAAAACUGGUGACGAACCAAAAGGAAGAGGGUUCAGAGCUGUAUACAAAACCGUGAGCAGUGUUCACGAAGGCAGAGUGCUGGACCUUGGGAAUACGACGGGUGGAACUUUGAAUUGGGUCAAUUAUCCGCUGAAUCCGCCAUCGGGAAGGGACGACAUGGAAGGCAAGAAGUCGUGCGCGGAUGGCAUGGGUGAAAUCGAGGUGAAAGACACGUACGCCGACCCUAGCGGCAACGGCACAUGGUGGAAGCUGUGCGAAGCUCCUGGUCACGAGGAGGUCGUGCCUCUCUCGAUCACUUCCUACCUCAACACCAUCCAAAUUCGACAAAUUAACAGCUUGGCGAGGAGUGGAUCGAAGGGAAUCAAGCUCAACGUUUCCGUUAGUGUGCAGACAG